UUUAGUGAGUCAGUUGCUUAGUUACUGCAGAACAGCCAUCCCAGUCACGUUCCAUUCCUGCUGCUUUGGGAAUACCACGCGAACUUCACGUGCAGGCUCGACGUAACAAAAACUCCCGCUUUUAGUCCGUCUGCUCCAGAUCCUUCAAGACGCGCUUCUGAAUGCUUCGCGCGAGGAUUCGCCGUUUGUGGCCAUUAUAGAAAACCUCCACGAGUGAAAUGUGAUUUACAAAGAACCGACGGAAAAGCCGCCACAGUUACCGCAAGUCCGUUGACACAAACAUGGUAUCUCAGAGUGCCUGAAUGAGCGGUUAACUUACUCUACUUAAGACAGUUGAAUAUUAGCCUACAGAAAUGGUGAGUUUUUAGGAGUGAUUUUAACCGAUUUUACCAGGACGGACCAAAAAAAAAUGUUAGAUGAGAACCAUUGCUGACUUCGAUGUUGUGAUUCUACCAAUCAGUCAUAUUAGACUGUUCAAAGAAACAUGGAGGUUCCCUGUUAAUUAACAGGUUCAAUUUAAAAUACUUAUAUAUAUAUAUAUAUAUGACCUAUAUGUCCCUAAAACUGAACUAAGCACACCAUAAAAGCGGGAAGAUACCAAACAUCUUCAGUUUAAGCUACAAUCUCGAAAACUAAUCAACCAGCACGUGGUAAUUAGGGACCGUUCGUGACGUAAGGAGAGGAUAUGUGAAACUAUGAGCCAAUAUCAGUGGCGUAAGGAAAUUAAGCAGUUUAAGAAGAAACCUUCACUGCAGCAUGGCAACUGUUAUAUUGUGGCCGUUUAUUUUUCUGUCGCUAUUCAGGGCUGGACAUGGUCACUCCAAGUGCCCAGAUAUAUGCACAUGUGAUGUAUUGCAAAAUCGGAAAAUUGUGACUUGUGAUCAAGGGGGGAUGACACAGAUCCCCACAACAGACAUGGAUAGUGAUGUUCAAGUUCUGAUAGUGACUGCCCCUUUGAAUAACCCUAACAAUCUAACCAUUGGCCGAAUUUUCCUGAACUUUCAUUUCUUAGAAGAAAUCCACAUUACACAUUCUAAUGUUCCGGCUAUAGGAGAUAGUUCAUUCUGGCCAGGUAACAACCUACGAGUCCUCAACUUACGUCACAACAACAUCUCUCAACUACACGGCACCGAUUUUAACGGUUUAACACAUCUUCAAGUUCUUGAUCUUAGUGACAAUUUGAUCUCCGCGUCUCCUUCUGCUCCGUUCCAUUUCCUCUCCAACUUAUCAACAUUGUCACUGGCGAGAAACUCUUUAAGAAGACUUGUGCCUCGUUUCUUUUACAUGUUGGAGAAUCUGGAACAUCUAGAUCUCAGUGGCAAUCCCCUUCGGAAUGUUGAUCCGGAAAAUCUGAAGGACCUGAGACCAAUAAAAACUCUUAGUUUAGCAAACUGUCAAAUUGAGCGCCUUCAUUCUCUGAUAUAUCAACAACUGCCCAACUUGGUGGAGCUAGAUCUGAGAGAUAACUUUUUCAAUUAUUUUGCUCCAGAAGAAUUUCGUCACUUGAAGAAACUGCGAAUGCUUUACCUUGACGGUAACAAUUUAAACGUGAUCGUCGAUAUGGCGUUCAGUGGGCAAGUAUUCGAUUAUCUUGGUCUUUCUAGGAACGAAAUUGUUAGUUUCGAUGUCUGUGCGUUCUGUAACUCUAGCAUUAAAACGCUGAACAUUUCCAAUAAUCAAUUCUCGGCCCUUAUGAUUGACACUCUCAAGCCCAUCAUUUUUACCCUGCAGACAUUGGACAUUGGAUUUAAUAGAAUCAGCAUGGAAAACAUUAUGGAAGUUCUGAAACCACUCCACCAUCUCCGUGGAAUUUCUCUGGGGGGUUUGGAGUUAAGUGCCCUCCCUCUGGACAUCUUCGUCUCUAAUAGAGACUUGAGAUAUCUUGACUUGUCUCGGAAUAAUUUUGUCUCUUUCAAUUUCGAAGUAUUGAGACCAGUAAGCAAGUUGGAAAUAUUGGACCUUUCUGGAAACUGGUUUAAAGGAAUGAAAAAGGAAGAACUGAGCCAUCUUGCUCGAUUUCACUAUCUAAAGAGAGUAGUUUUACACUCUAAUCCAUGGACCUGUGAGCGGUGUCAUAUUCUCCCGCUCAUCCAGUGGAUGACCGAUGCAGCCAGCAAGGCCAAAGUGUGCAAGAAUGACCACGGCUGUAUACAUUGUAAGAGGCCAGGGAGCUUGGUUGGGAGGGACAUUUCUACGUUACACAGUCGUGAAAUACCACCAUGUGGAGGGCCAUUUAGUCAGUUUCGAAUUCUCACUGCAGGCUCCCGUUUAGGCAUAAUAGUGGCUACGGCCGUCUUCAUUAUUUUCUUGCUUGUAGGGGUCAUUUAUGUAGUUCUGUACAGGAGACAAAGAGCUGUUUACUACACCCACGAGGAGGAGCGCUGCGACGAUAAUAUUGUGUAUAACGGUGUAUUGGAAGCAGAUCUGAAUGGUGGAUUCAGUGAAGAAAAACACCCGCAUCCGGGUUUCGUUGCAACCAUAGACACAAGAGGAGGAAAACCCAAACCCCACAAUAAUGUUACCUGAGGAAGAGUUGUUCAAAAUAGUCAAACACAUGAUACAGAAAGUGCCUUGAGAGGAGAGAAGUCACGUGUCUAAAACAAACCUUAGAUACAAAAUGGGCUACACAGCCAAAACAAUAUCAAUAUUAGUUUAACGAAAUUCAGUGCUUGAGUAUAUUAAUUCCCUCUACUGUAACCAAUCUACAUCUACAUGUAUGUAAGCAUCCAAAGGGUCUAAAAAUAAAUGAUUAAUACUAAUAA